ACAACCUAAUCGGAAACAACAUCGAAUCGAAAUCUUCUCGUGAGAUUCGAUCCUGCAAAAGAUGGAGAGAUCAAACGUGUUUUCGAAACCCUAGAUCCCAGCAAACCAAAGAACAACAAAAAAAAAACACAGAAAAGCAAGGGACCCCCCAAAAAACAUCGAUCCAUCGAUACAUCCAUGGCGGAUUUCACAUGCACGACGCCGUUGCUUCUGUAUCCAUCGCUCGUCCUGGUAUUAUUCUUCUACUCCGUCAACCACCAUUACCGUUUCUUGCCUUCCUCUGACAACAUCGGUGACCCUUCUCUCUGUUCUGAUGAUUCCGACAACCUCGGAGCUCUCCGAAGCCCCGAAGCAUUGAUCUACUCUUCCUUCAGAUUCCCUUUCCGUACGAACUCCUCUUGCCGUCGUCGCCGCGGAGAUGAUGAUCUUCCCAGCUCCAACAAUUCGGAGAAGGUGAGAUGGGAGGCGUUGGAGAGAGUGGAAGGAGGGCUGGCGAUGGCAAGAGCGGCCAUCCUUACCAAAGCGGCAUUCUCUCGCAACUCGUCGUACGGUUCGGAGAGCCUCAUUGGAUCUGUCUAUCUCAACCCUUUUACUUUUCACCAGAGCCAUAGAGAGAUGGAGAGGAAAUUCAAGAUAUGGGCAUACAGAGAAGGAGAUGGGCCACUCUUCCAUAAGGCGCCUGUCAAUGACAUAUACGCAAUCGAGGGGCAGUUCAUGGACGAGAUCGAGACGGGGAAAUCCCCGUUCGCGGCCAAGCAUCCUGACGAGGCCACAGUGUUCUAUAUUCCUGUCGGGAUAGUUAACAUCAUAAGAUUUGUCUACAGACCUUACACCAACUACGCAAGAGACCGUUUACAGAACAUCGUCAAGGACUACAUCUCUGUCAUCUCUCAGAGGUAUCCCUAUUGGAACCGCAGCCUCGGGGCCGAUCAUUUCCUCGUUUCUUGCCACGAUUGGGCACCUGAUGUCACGGCUGCGGAUCCGGAGUUCUACAGGCUCUUCAUCAGAGUUCUCUGCAAUGCCAAUGCCUCAGAAGGCUUUGUCUCCAUGAGAGACGUGUCCUUGCCGGAGAUCAAUAUCCCACGUGGCCAAUUGGGCUCUCCACACGCCGGAGAACCGCCGGAGAAUCGAAAAAUCCUGGCUUUCUUUGCUGGAGGGCCCCACGGAAAAGUGAGGCAAAUACUUUUCCAGCGAUGGAAAGACAAAGACAGAGACGUCAGGGUUCACGACUAUCUCCCAAAGGGACAAAACUACACGAAACUGAUGGAUCAGACGAAGUUCUGUCUAUGUCCGAGCGGAUACGAAGUCGCAAGUCCGAGGAUCGUGGAAUCCUUGUACUCGGGUUGCAUUCCCGUGAUCAUCGCAGAUUCAUACGUUCUUCCGUUCAGCGAUGUCUUGGACUGGAAGAAAUUCUCCGUCCAUAUACCGAUACCGAAGAUUCCGGAGAUCAAGAAGAUUCUAGAAGGUAUUCCGGAGGGGGAGUACCUGAGGAUGCAGAGGAGGGUUCUUCAGGUUCAGAGACAUUUCGUGUUGAAUCGACCGUCUAAGCCCUUUGAUAUGCUGCGUAUGGUGAUGCAUUCCAUCUGGCUGCGGAGGCUUAAUGUCCGGGUCCCUAUUUUACAGUGAUCAAUUCUGUAGAGUUCAUACAUAUAUAUAUAUAUGUAUAGACAUAAUAUAAUGGUGUAACAUUAGGAUCUUGAUUGUUUCCUUAAUGAUAUAUGUAGUUCGGAAGA